AGGGCGUCUGAGAGGUUGGCGGGCAGGCAUCAUGGAUCAGGUAAUGCAGUUCGUUGAGCCGAGUCGGCAGUUUGUGAAGGACUCAAUUCAGCUGGUCAAAAGGUGCACUAAACCUGAUAGGAAAGAAUUCCAGAAGAUUGCCAUGGCAACAGCAAUAGGAUUUGCUAUAAUGGGAUUCAUUGGCUUUUUUGUGAAAUUGAUCCAUAUCCCUAUUAAUAACAUCAUUGUUGGUGGCUGAAUACCUUUUUAGAAGGGUUUUUCAUCUUGGGGAAUGGUGAAUAAGUGAGGAUUUGAGAAGCUCAUGGAGUAAAAAUCUGUCUAUA